UUUGUCCCACAAGGAACAACAAUAGCCAGCCAACUUUUUCAAAAAUCUCACACAAAAAUCUCAGUCAUAAUUCAAUUUAUUUUUCAAAAGCCAGAACAAAAUGUCUCGGUCUCUUCUUUGCAAUGUCCAAUGUACAGCGCAUCCCUGUUUUACCUGUCCAUGGAACAUCCCGAAAGAAAAAUCAAAUGGAGCUCUUAAAAUCGAAGCGAACGCAGAUAGCGCUUGUCGUUCUCAUUAUACAAAACUCGACGUUAGUGUUAAUGAUGCACUAUUCACGCAUUAAUCAAGAUCCUGGACAACCCAUGUAUAUUGCGUCGACAGCCGUGUUUAUGGCUGAAUUGAUCAAAAUAGCGGCAUGCCUUACAGCCAUUAUGCAUGAAAAUGGUCAAGAAAGAUUUCUACCAGUGCUCUACCGAGACCUUGUUUGCCAACCCAAAGAAUUGCUCAAGAUGCUUAUUCCGUCCGGCUUGUAUGCCAUUCAGAAUAAUCUGUUAUAUAUUGCAUUGAGCAACCUAGAGGCGGCUACCUUCCAAGUCACUUACCAACUAAAGAUUUUAUCCACUGCCAUUUUCUCCGUCCUCUUACUCGGCACAGCACUUACCAAACAGAAAUGGCUGGCGCUUCUUUUGCUCAUGAUUGGCGUCACGCUCGUACAAUUACCCACCUCCACAGCGUCGAGCGAAAAACAUAAUGGAUCAACCCAAAAUCAAACAGUCGGCUUGCUUGCCGUUAUGGCAUCAUGUGUAUCGUCAGGAUUUGCUGGAUGUUACUUUGAAAAGAUUCUCAAGUCCUCAAAUACUUCCAUGUGGAUACGGAAUAUACAAUUGGGUAUUUCUGGAGCGGUCUUCUCCUUUAUAGCCGUUAUGGCCUACGAUUACCCCCGAAUAGCCGAAGGAGGCAUGUUUCAAGGGUAUGGUUUGUUGACUUGCUUGGUUGUCAUAAAUCAGGCGUUAGGUGGAUUAUUGGUAUCGCUUGUGGUGAGAUAUGCCGACAACAUUCUCAAAGGGUUCGCCACUAGCCUCUCGAUUAUACUUUCAAGUAUCAUAAGCUUCAGACUUUUCGACUUUCAACCCUCAUACCAUUUCAUAUUCGGAGCCAUGUUAGUCAUGCUCGCAACUUAUGUAUAUGGAAGACCUGUCCCUCAGUCAGUUAAGCGAUUAUGAUACAGGAAGACGAAGACCGCAAUGCUUUGUACCACAGCCGUUUGCAAAGAGAAACGUAUUGCAUUGUAUGGGAUUAUAUGUUCCCUCCCCCUUUUUUUUUUACGCUACACU